CACUGCCACUAAUAACCUUAAUUCUCUCCACCAAAUAAUGUUUGCGGCCACCUAUGCCUGAUACAAACCUGCCGCCAAACCUGACUUUUAUCCACCGACUCCCAAACAUUCUUUUCUAUAUCCUGCUGCUGCUGGAUUUCCAGACAGCAAAUAUACAAAAAUUAUACGAUAAUUUAUCACCUGAAUUCAAUCCUACGCUGCAAGUUUUGUUUAAUUGCUGAAAAAGUCAGUAACAGUGAGGCCAAAAGUUUCCGUUUUUGGCAGACUAAAAUUAACCAAUGGGACAAUAUAAUUCAAUUCCAUCGUCCCCAGCUCGUUCGAGGAAUGAAAGCUCUCAAAGAGAGGAGGCUGCUGAGCACGAUAAUAAUAUAGUCUCAGGAAGUCGAGUCCGAGAUCGGCAUAGUAAUGGAUCGAGAGGUUUAUGGAAUAGAAUUCUUUCAUUUCAACGAUACUUCGGGCUUUCUUCUUCCUCGCGGCAGACGCAGAGAUAUGCGCAUUCCAAUGAUAAUAGGCAACCAUUUCGGAGUGCACUCAAUCACCAACGUUCUUCAUCUAUGCGCUCACUAAGCCCGCGAAACUCAAGAAUGAAUACCGAUUCCACUUCACGUCGCAAUGCUCAUGCGCUCUUGAGUUUACAGUCUGCUCAGCAAGACUUUGAGCACGCGGAACGCCGUUUCCGUGACAGUAUCUAUGCAUUAUAUGAGCCCGAUCGUGACCUUGAUGCCCGGCGUUUGCGCCAUCAGCAACAGCGUCUUCAGUACUCUUCAGCUAGGGAACCAGCUGAAGUUGACGAUCACACAAAUCCUGUGAUGGGAAACGACUCUAUGUUGCCGACAUCCUCUGAGAUUCAAAAUCAAACAAACCAAGGAGACAAUGCCUGGUCCCGUGUUACUUCUAAUCUAUUUAAUUCCACUAUGCAAGAAAACCAACCAGAACGCAUAUCUCUGCAGCCAGGGGAGAAUCAAAUGGCAAUUUUGUCCCGGUUACUUUCUGUUUUUGCGUCUGCCACCGCAUCGACACUAAUUAAUUCCGACAACAACUCUACAAACCCUGUAAAUUCAAAUAACGGCUUCUCGGAACCGAGCGUCAAUUUGGACAAUGCCGAGCCUGGUGAAACACGAUUUGGUGAUGAAUCAUUUGAGCAGUUUCUUCUUGCUCUUCGGGAGGGAAGACUUAUUGAUGCUAUGCACUCUGACAAUGAUACCGGUCAUGGUCCUGCAGCUGAAAAUUUUGACGAGAACAAUCCUGCUACACCUCUUAACUUCUUCCGUGUGUUUCGAUUCGACAAUACUCGCCAUGAAGAAGCAGGUCAGCGGGAAGUGCCAGUGAUAAUUGUCGCUGUCCGAGCAGUGCAACCGACUGAUGCUGAAGCGACACCAUCCAACGUUAAUAUCAAUUCUACGCGACCUUCACCCAUGGAAGAACAGAGUGAUGCACAGGCCGACCAACAGCAAUUGCCUUCUUCAUCUUCCGACGAAAAUAAUGGUGCUUACUCCUCCAUAUUUCCUCAAAGCUCGAGUACCGGUCUACAAGGUACACAACCGAACGGUUCAUUGGAGUCUGAUGAAGCUGCGGUUAUGAGUGAAGUAACAGAUGAGGGCUAUGUCUCUCGAAGUUGGGUAAUUUACAUAAUUGGUGCAAAUUACCCAGAAAACCAUCCACUUUUGUCUGCUCCUUCGUUAUUUACGGAUUCACCAACUUACGAAGAUAUGCUUUUGCUAAACUCUAUGUUGGGAACGGUUAAGCCAUCUAUUGCUACACAGCAAGAUAUGGAUCGUGCCGGUGGUGUUUUCACUGUUUCGACUUCGGAUGAACGCUGUCUUGUUUGUCUCUCUGAAUUUCAAAAUGGAGAAGAGUGUCGGCGCCUUCAGAAUUGUAAACACUUUUUCCACCGCGAAUGCAUUGAUCAGUGGUUGACAACCAGUCAAAAUUCUUGUCCGUUGUGUCGUAUGAAGGGAGUUAAUGUGGCCGAAUCUACGACUGUCCCAACUCCGUAGUACGUGUACUCGUACAGUGUUAAGUUUCUUUUUCACUUCCGAGAAAACUCGUCUACAACAUAAAUGACUCUACAUGUCACUUCGACGUGGCCAUGUUCUUUUAUUAUUUGUGUAUCUUGCAUUGUUUUCCUUGUCCCUCUGUUAUCUGGAAUUAGAAAAGUGUUUGGAUCGUCAAAAAUGACACACUGCUGUGUAUUUUUGUCGUUGAGUUACGCAACCAGUUUUUCUCCAUAGCUAUGUUCUCUGCGAUUUUAUGAUUACUUCAUUUCUUGAUUAUUUCAUACUUUAUGAUUAUACGUAUGUUUAUUUAUGUGCCCCACUUUUCGAUAAACCUCUCAUUUAGUUUUUCUCGAUUUGUAGUAUGGAUAUGUACUUUAGCAGUGAUUUUGCUGCUUACAACGGAUACGAGUCUAUUGCUAAGUAGCACACGAUGUCGCAUUACAUAGUCGUAGUAAUAAGGUCAG